GAAGGCGUCAUCACAGUUGGCCAAGAGAUCGAUACCAAAUUAGUUUCGAAAAUCGCGGAUCUGCCCGGACUCUGGAGCGCGGCCCGCCGGACCCCAGCGCACUAGUUAAGCCCUAGCUAGGCCUAGUUAGUUAGUUUUUCGCGCGCUUCGCCCGCUACUGGUUAUGAACGCGUCUCGGCGGCCCGGAAGCGAGCCGAUUUCCGGUUAUGACGAGAAGUGAGUGUGUGCAUUGAGUGGGGUAAAGCCAACUUUCGUGAUGGUGUCCAUUUGCGAGAUGCGUUUGUGUGUGUUGAUGACGCUUGUUUUCGCUGCGGAUUACGGCCGGGCGGGAAAAGACGGUAAGUCCGUUGGAUCCCCUGGUCGGCAAACCCCAGUUCCAGUGACCCACCUCGAGGUGGUCGCCGGCGAGCCCGUCUACCUGCCCUGCGACAUCUCGACCAGCGACGCCAACGACCAAGUGCUGCUGGUGCUGUGGUACAGGGAGGAUUUAGGAACACCUAUAUACAGUGUGGACGGACGGGAUAGGGAUUUUAGCUUGGCCGAGCGUUGGUCCGACGAAAAUGUGUUUGCGAAUAGGGCCUACUUCAUGCCGGAGAAGCAACCGGCGGAGCUGGGAGUGGACCACAUCAGGGAGUCGGACCAGGCGGUGUACCGGUGCAGGGUGGACUUCAAGAAGGCCCAGACGAGGAACAGCCAAGUCAACCUCACGGUCAUCGUUCCUCCGCAGAAGAUCGUCAUUACCAACGAGUCGGGUGCCCAGCUGGAGUCGGUAGUGGGGCCCUUCCCGGAGGGGGCCUCCUUCACAUUACGAUGCGACGUGUUCGGAGCUAAGCCUCUGCCGACAGUAACAUGGUUUCGUAACGACGUCGUGGUGAGUAACGUCAGCGUGGCAUUACCGAGCGCCGGGACGACGCACGUCCGCAGCGAGCUGAGGAUAACAGGUCUGGGACGUCGCGACGUCCACUCGGAGCUCACCUGUCAGGCGACCAAUAACCCAAAAACGGCGCCCCUCGCCUCCACCCUCCACGUAGACAUGAAUUUUGGACCACUCGACGUGAAGAUCCUGGGAGCCAACCAGCCCUUGUCGGCGGGGAGGAGAUACGAUCUGCUGUGUCAGAGUUCCGGAUCGAGGCCGCCAGCGAGCAUCACCUGGUGGCGGAACGGACAAAGAUUGGAAGGAGCCAAGAAAACGACGUCCAACGACGGCAACACAACCACCAGCACUCUAUCAUUCGUACCCAGGAAGGAGGACGACGGAAAAUAUCUAUCGUGUCGUGCAGAAAAUAAGAUGAUGUCUGCUGAUAGGCUCGAAGACAAGUGGAAAUUGGAAAUACACUAUACCCCGGAGGCGAAGAUAAUUCUGGGCACUUCGCUCAAUCCGGAUUCCAUAAGAGAAGGCACAGACGUCUACUUCGACUGCGUCAUUAACGCACAUCCGCCGGUGUACAAAGUCGAGUGGAAGCACAACGGUAAGGUCCUCAACAUCAACAUCCAAGCGGGGAUCAUAAUAGCCAAUCAAAGUUUGGUCCUGCAAGGGGUGUCGCGAUCCACAGCCGGGAACUACACCUGCGUGGGCUACAACACCGAAGGGGACGGCGAGAGCAACGCCUUCUACCUUAACGUCAUGUACACUCCGACCUGCAAACCCAACCAGACCCGCAUCUACGGGGUGGCCAAGCAAGAGCAAGCCCAGAUCACCUGCCAGGUGGACGCUAACCCCUCCGACAUACAAUUCCGCUGGAGCUUCAACAACUCGGCCGACUCCGUGGACGUGGCUCAGGCCCACAUCAGCCGCAGCGGCACGUCCAGCGUAGUUUCGUACACGCCCAUGACCGAGCUCGACUACGGGACGCUGCUGUGCUACGCGAGCAACAGAAUUGGAACGCAACGAGUACCCUGUGUUUUUCAUAUCAUCGCUGCCGGGCGCCCGGACCAAGUGCACAACUGCACAUUAUCCAACAUUUCCAUGACGUCGUUUUCCAUUAGGUGUUCGGAGGGUUUUAAUGGUGGCUUACCGCAGUCCUUUUUGUUGGAGGUUCGAGAGAGUCACAGCCAGGAGAUAAAGAGCAACCUCUCUGCCCCCAUCCCACGCUUCUCGGUGACGAACCUGGAGGCGGGCGCCCAGUACCAGGCGGCCCUUUUCUCCUUCAACACGAAGGGCCGCAGCGAGCCGGUCAUCCUGCAAGCUGCCACUCUGCGACUUCCAGAAAAGCAACUAACUGCCGAGAAAGAUAACCACCGGUCGGGGCUGCGCUUCACUCCCAUGAUGAGCGUCUUAAUUGGCAUUGUUUCGGCGCUGCUGAUCGUGGGGCUGGUGGUGAUCAUCGUGGUGCGGCUGCAGUGCACGCAGAACGACGACAGGAGGAAGAGGCACAAGAAUGCGGCGGUUACGGCCGGCAGCACGGAGCACCGGGGAUCCACGAGCGGACCUACGCUAAGCGACAAAGGAGGUGGCAGUCCGAUAUCGAAGCACGACUCGAGUGCCGGCGAGUGCGACAGCGACGAAAAGAACCCCGACAUCAUCCCGCAACCAGUCGACGCGGACGAAACCGCAGAUUACGUAAGGAAAAGACAGCACAUCAGCACCAUCGAGACGUCGCCGAGCCGCAGCUUGCUGCACCAGGCGGGAAACUCGGGUGGCGGCGGCGGCGGCGGCGGCGGGUACAUCGGCUACUGCACGCUGAGGAACGGCAUGCCGCUGCACGAACUGGCGGCGCAAUCUAAAAUGCACGCCGCGCCCCCUCAGAUGAUCGGGGCCUACGCCCCCUGCACACUGCCCCGCCAGCCGCAGCAGUGGCAGUACGGUCCCGUCAGCCACCUGCCCCCCGGCGUGUACCCCGUGCCGUACCGCGGCCCGCACCCCCAGCAGAGGCCGCGUCCGCAGCCCCGCCAGCCGCCCAUACCCAUGCAGCCGCUCGCCGCCACCGAGGAGGAGCCCUCGCCGGACACGCCGCUCAUGCUCAACAAGAGGGAGAGCACGGUCUGACAAGUGACUUCCCUGUAAGCUGCAGUGCCACAGACAGGGUCCCAGACUGCGUCGUUCGACGUUCGACGGCAGUCGCACCAGCUGGCCGACGCGGAGGGAACAAGCGCCGGAAGUGCGACUUCCGGCCAACAUGACGCCCGUCGAAAUCAACAUAUCUUGGAGGGUCUACGUGCUGUGAGGGGGUCGUCGCGGGUGUCGCGCUGUGUUGGAACUCGUGGAAGUUACUAGCUUGUUGUAUAGGUAGUUUUUUGUUACAAUACAUGGUUUCGCCUACUGACUCGUUUUUGUACUGUUUAUUUACACGAGGUUAUUUUUGUAUAUUUUGUACAUAAGAUAGGUAAAUGAAAAUAAAUGUGAUAAUUAUAAAUUAUCUAUCGAGAGAUACGUCACUGUAUCGGUUUUUUCGAAUAAAAUGCCAAGUCUGUUACUUAAAUACGACUUUUUAUAUUAUAUCGUGUAAGAAAUUAUAUCAUAAUUUGUACAUGUUGUAUAUAGUGUAUAUAAGACUUUUGCCUUGUACAUAUACCUUUAAAUACCUAUUAAAUCGAGUGUU